CGCUGCAGAAGGCGCUGCUGGCCACCGGCUCCGCCGUCAUGGCGCUCUGUGACCCCUACAGGCACGGGAACGGCCUCGCAUCCGCCUCUCCACCCUGGACAUGGACAGGCUGCAGGGGCUGCCAGAUGGCACACUGGGCCGGGAGUACGUCCGGUUCUUGGAGGACAAUAAGGUUUCUCCAGACACCCGGAUGCCACCCAAGUUUGUUGAUAAUGAAGAGCUGGCAUAUGUGAUCCAGCGGUACCGGGAAGUUCAUGACCUGAUGCACACCCUCCUGGGCAUGCCAACCAACAUGCUGGGUGAGGUUGUGGUGAAGUGGUUUGAAGCCGUCCAGACAGGGCUGCCCAUGUGUGUCCUGGGAGCAGCGUUCGGCCCCGUCCGGCUCAGCACACGAAAGCUGCAGGUCCUGGCCACYGAGCUGGUUCCCUGGGCGAUUCGGAGUGGGCUGAAUGCCAGCUGUGUCCUGAACAUCUACUACGAGCAGCGCUGGGAGCAGCCAGUGGAGUCCCUGCGGGAGGAGCUUGGCAUCUUCCCUCCCCCAGCCGUUCGAGUGUGAGAGCUCAUGUCAGGAAGGGCCCAGGGGAUCCCUGUUGGCAGCCAGCAGCUGGCCCCUGCUGCACUCCAUAUCCUCCUGCUCUGCCUGGGAGCACAGCGUGGCUGUGGCUCUGCCACCACAGACCCRAGGGCUGUGUUUUUUGUAGUUUCUCCUGCCAAGAGCUGGCACCAGAGMGGUUGGUAGAGGCCAAGUGGCCUCUCCCUGCACUGUGUCAAAACUGGACCUUUUUUGCUGUUUGUGAUUUUGGUUGAGGGAUGUCAAGGUCUGAUGUGCUUUUGCCAGCUGUGUCUGGCUGCUCUGGUCUCCCAGCAGCAGCAGCAUUCUGGUGCUGAUGUUCCCAAAUGCUGGGAUGGGGAGGGAGCACUGCAGCAAACUGGUGCCUUGGCCUUCUGCAGCCAUGGGACUGUGCAAGUAAAUCCUUCCUCCUACCCUUCCUGGGAAGAUUGAGGCUUCAGAUCUUGGGGCUGCCCAAGAUCUGUGAUUUCCAGAGGAGCGCAGGGGCAGGUUUGGUGUGUGCAAUGGUGAAAUCCCAUCUUGUACUGGUGCCUAACCCAGUCUUCUCUUGGGUCAUAUUGGAUGUGCCUCAUUCAUGYCUCAGACACCAGGCAGUGUGUGAUUGUGUGCCCAUGGGGCAGGCAUGUUUAUGGGGCAGGCAUACCUUUGGUUAUUUCCGUCCUGGAUUGGCUGUUUUGAGAGCCGAUCCCAGUCUACCAUGUCUCCCUGUAGUCCCUCCCCAUCAUAAAUGAUGAAAURCACAUGAUUGUGCUGGGUUUUCAGUAGGAAUCAUCCCUUCCUUGGGCAACAAAAUGACACAGUCAGAAUUACAGGGUYGAAUCCAGUGAGUGCUGAAACAGUGGCUGCUCGUGCUGUGUCUGGGAGCUGAUUGCUGUCUAGGUUAAUUAAAUUGUGCUCCAGACUGUCAGCAGCCAGGGAGCGGAGGGAUCCAGAGUUGCUGGAUAUGGUGGCAAAGAGCCACGAGGCCACGGGCUCUUUGUACAUGUGUGUUUGCUGUUGAAUUCCUUCUUGCUUAAUAAAAUCCACAGUGGA